UUCUGGAGAAGCUGGGUUAAUAGGAGAUGAAUGGGUCUGUGAACAGCAGGACCUGGUGAAUAUUUGCAUCCAUCACUUGUAGACCUAAACCUAAGAGCAAACUUUGAAUUUCUGCAAAUAAGAGAGCAUGAAUAAGAAAGAGGAGUUAUGCGAGCCCCUCUCAUUGCAGUUUACGAUUGAUAAUAUCCUUAAAAUGAAGUCAGACACUACAGUGUUUGACUUUAACCAUCGUAAGAAUCACAAAUUGAAAAUCAGAAAUGAAGCUUCAACAACAGGCUUCCCUCCAAGAGCUGAUGGAGAUGAGACGGACUCUGUGUGUGGACUGGAAGAGCAGGAGAAAAUCCAUCUGGAGCGGUUGGCUUUCGAUUAUCACCGCAGGAGUAGUAAACCUUGUACCGGUACUCACAUUGUAGUGAACCCCAAGAGAGUCCAGAACCCAGACAGUGGACAAAACUGCUUAUCCAAUAAUAGCAAAUGUUUAAGGAAGAGUAAAUUGCUGUUAAAGAAGAAGACUCGCACGAUAUUUUCAAAGAGCCAGAUCUUUCAGCUGGAAUCCACAUUUGACAUGAAGAGGUACUUGAACAGUGCUGAACGUGCUUGCUUAGCUACAUCCUUGCAGCUAACUGAAACUCAAGUGAAAAUAUGGUUCCAGAACCGACGAAAUAAACUGAAAAGACAGAUGUCACUUGAUGUUGAGUGCCCAAUAUCGGCGCAGCCGAUGGCUGUGGAACAAUGUCACACAGAACUUACAACGCCCUUUCUUGCUCUGUACAAAAACCGUCGAUUUUUGCACCCCUACCCGUUGUCCGCUGCUUCGUCUUUUCCAGUCAUUUUUCCUGGGAGUCCCGCACCUUAUCUUUGCUUUCCUUCCACCAACAAAUUCUUAAGUUUCUUGGAUGGUGACCUAUAGCAAUGGACGCACAUUUGCUCACCAUGUUAUUAACUGCAGCCUACCUUCCACAGCCCCUGAGACAAAGGUUAAUAUUGUCCACAUGUUACACCUUUUCCUGUUCACAACUGCUCGGCAGCUUAUGUACUGCAUCCUCAAAUGGCUGCCUAGAAGGGUGAAGUGAGAGCUUAUUUUAAUAAUAAAUAUUACGCACUGCAAGUGACCACUCACAUAUGAAAGCGGCCACCGCAACAAUUGUUCCUAUACUAGGUGGGAAAUAUAUAUUGUACAAAACAAGGCUCGAGAGAGAGGAGAAAAGAUUAAGACACGGAGAGUGACUGUUAACUGCGAUUUUGCACUUAUUACAUUGUUUAUAUAGUAACAAAAUCAUUUUCACUGGACAAUCGGACAUUUCCUAGGGCUACAAAGAAAUUAGAAACACUAUAAUUUGAUGUGGAACAUGAGAAAUAUGGUUUAUAUUCUUUACAACUUCUGUAGUGCAAACAGGACCGCUGAAUGAAUAAUUAGAGAGAAAAUAAUUGAGAUGAUUAAACAUUUGAUUCUUCACGGUGUUAACUUUGAAUAACCAUGGUUUUAAACCUUUGUUUUUAUUUUAAUUGUAUACUCUUAAACCAAAGAUACAGCUUCAUACUUGUGAGUUUUUUUAACAAUAUGCAGUGGAUUUCUUUUUGUAAAUGAUAGCGUAUGUAUUUAAUCAAUGAUUUGGCGAGAUAUUAUCAUAUUUCAGAAUCUGCAAUAACUACAUUUAAUCCAUUUUAAGGCAUAAUAUGUCCAACCAUGUUUAAGAUUUGUACAUUGUUUUUGUCGACUUAACCAAGUACACACGUAGCUGCCAUGCAUUAAGUUACCCCUUGGAUGUUACUGGAGUUGUUGAGUCAUAUGUAGUCAAAGAUACAUGUUUUCCAAACUUGUGAAAAACACCACUAAAUGCAAUUAGCAUGAUUUGUUAAAGCUGACAGAUUUAACUCCCCACAUCUGUAUGGAGUAUGGAAGUGAGGCAGCAUUAGUCAAAAAGACUUACUGUAAACAUCUUUUUCAUGCUAUAUUGCGAAAAUAAUGUUUCUAGGGUUUCAUUUACUAUUGCAAUAUGAUAAUACAUUCAUAAUGUUACUGAAAUAUGUACUAUUUUUAACGUUCUGAAUUCUCUUAGUUGAGCAGUUGGAAUAAAUAUUCACUUUAUGUUUUAGUACUUAUUUUACA